UAAUUAAUUUUUUUCCUUUCUAACUUUUAAUACUACGAUUAUGAAAAAUUAACUGACGUGCUGUGAGUCACAGUCACUAACAGGCACACCGCGCACCGAAUCAAAAAAUCCCCAAAACCAUCGCAAACCGUAAAUCAGCAAUUCGACCGUGAAAUCCUACCGUAGACAAUGGAAACCGAUCCUCCAAAGAAAUCAGAAGAUCUCCAAAUUAAAGAAAGAGAUCUCUUCAAAGCGGCGGAGACUGGCGAUUCUUCCAUAUUCAAAUCCCUCUCGGAAGACCACCUCUCCAAGUCUCUUCAACUCCGGAAUGAAGACGGUCGAUCUCUUCUCCACGUCGCCGUCUCCUCCGCCCGCCCCGAGGUGGUCAAAAUACUCUCAGCCGUUGCUGAUGAAUCAGUUGUGAAUAGUUCCGAUGAAGAAGGCUGGGCUCCGAUUCACUCUGCCGCGAGUAUUGGUAAUUUGGAAAUUAUAGAAAUUCUGUUGAGCAAAGGAGCGAAUGUUAAUUUGAAAAAUGAUGGUGGCCGAACGGCUCUUCAUUAUGCUGCUAGCAAGGGAUGGAUGAAGAUUGCUGAACUUCUGAUCUCUCAUGGUGCAAAGAUUAAUUCGAAGGACAAGGUCGGAUGCACCCCGUUGCAUAGGGCGGCUAGCACAGGAAACUCGGCAUUAUGUGAACUCUUAAUCGAGGAAGGAGCAGAAGUUGAUGCUACUGACAGAGCUGGUCAAACUCCUCUCAUGAAUGCAGUCAUUUGUCAUAACAAGGAGGUAGCCCUCCUUCUAAUAAGACAUGGAGCGGAUGUGGACAUAGAGGACAAGGAAGGAUGUACUGUUCUUGGCCAAGCUUCAAAUGAUUUUAGACCAAUACUGAUCGAUGCUGCCAAGGCCAUGCUUGAAGGAUGAAUCUGACUAUAGGCAAGUGGCUGGAGUGUCUCUGCUCAUUAAAAAAUGUUUUCCUGGAAAAAUCCACAGAUAAUUGUUUAUCUCUCCAUGUGGAGAACCUAUUGGAGCAAUGAAAGAGGAGUUGUUGCAUAGUUUAUUAGGUGAAGGACCAAUGUAUUGCCUAUUUCAACUAGAUUUUCUACUCCUUUCAUAGUGCCCUGCUGCUGGCUUUGACCUAUUUAUGACAUGCCUUUAGGGUGCUGGAGUUCAUGGAGAGAAAAUGGGGUGCUGGAGUUGACCUAGCUUGCUAUGUUUACCGGUUUUGUAUGAAUUUUUGUAUCUUUUUCUUUUUGCUUGAAAGUUGAAACUGUCUCUGAGCAGAUCCUUAACGUGCUGGUCGCUCUUCCAACUA